GGCAGCCAUCUUAGAUAUUAGCUGCUCAUCCUGUGGAUAUUUUCAUCGCAGCGCGGGUUUAAACGUUGUCUUCGGGCGGAAAGGGGAGAGUAGUCGCUGGUUCAGCCCCUCGGCGUUUGGGAAGAAGACGGGAUGCGGGUUCGCGGCGGGUGUGGGGCUGUGGAGCGCCCUGCGGUCGGGCUGCUGCUCGCUGUGCUGUGCGCUGCUGCUGCGGCGGCGGAGGCAGCUAAAGUUAACAAGCACAAGCCAUGGAUUGAGACCACGUAUCACGGCAUCGUGACAGAAAACGAUGACAAAGUUCUUCUGGAUCCUCCUCUGAUAGCCCUGGAUAAGGAUGCCCCAUUGCGCUAUGCAGACAGUUUUGAGGUGACCUUUACCAAAGAAGGGGAGAUUUGUGGCUUCAGGAUUCACGGGCAGAACGUGCCGUUUGAGGCGGUGAUGCUGGACAAGUCCACGGGCGAGGGAGUCAUCCGGGCCAAAGAUAAACUGGACUGCGAACUCCAGAAAGAACACACCUUCACCAUCCAGGCCUACGACUGUGGAGAGGGCCCAGAUGGUACCAACAUGAAGAAGUCUCACAAGGCUACCGUACAUAUCCAAGUGAAUGAUGUGAACGAGUACUCGCCAGUGUUCAAGGAGAAGUCCUACAAGGCCACGGUCAUCGAGGGUAAAAAGUACGACAGCAUCAUGAAGGUGGAGGCGGUGGAUGCUGACUGCUCUUUCCAGUUCAGUCAGAUCUGCAGCUACGAGAUCGUCACCCCUGACGUGCCCUUCUCCAUCGAUAAGGACGGCAACAUCAAGAACACGGAGAAGCUGAACUACAGUAAGGAGCGCAUGUACAAGCUGACAGUGACGGCCUACGACUGCGGGAAGAACCGAGCCUCAGAGGACGUCCUCGUCAAAAUCAACAUCAAACCAACCUGCAAACCAAGCUGGCAAGGCUUUAAUAAGAGGAUUGAGUACGAGCCGGGCACGGGAAGCCUCGCCCUGUUCCCCAGCGUUCGCCUGGAGACCUGCGAGGAGCCAAUCACGUCCAUCCAGGCCAGCAUCGAGGUGGAGACCAACCACAUCGGCAAAGGCUGUGACAGAGACACGUACUCAGAAAAGUCCCUCCACCGGCUUUGUGGUGCUAGCACCGGAACUGUGGAGCUAUUGCCUGCUCCCAGCAGCGCCACCAACUGGACAGUGGGUCUGCCCACUGACAACGGCCAUGACAGCGACCAGGUCUUUGAGUUCAAUGGCACUCAGGCCAUUAAGGUUCCUGAAGGUGUGGUGAGCACCAGCCUGAAGGACCCUUUCACCGUCUCUGUGUGGAUGAGGCAUGGACCCGGCGGCAGGGAGAAGGAAACCAUCCUCUGCAACUCUGAUAAGACAGAGAUGAACAGACAUCACUACUCGCUGUAUGUGCAUAACUGUCGCUUGGUGUUGCUCCUGCGUCAGGACCCCACAGAGUCUGAGAACUACAAACCAGCAGAGUUCCACUGGAAACUGGAUCAGGUGUGUGAUAAAGAGUGGCAUCACUACGUGCUGAACAUCGAAUUCCCUGCCGUAGCUCUGUUUGUGGAUGGAGCCUCCUUCGAACCUUUCCUGGUCACAGAGGAUUAUCCUCUCCACGCCUCCAAGAUUGAAACCCAGCUCACUAUUGGCGCCUGCUGGCAAGACCUCUCAGGACAUGACAAUGACACUGAGACAGUCUCUGAGCCUUUGACAGGUGGCAGUGCCCGCAUGACUCAGUACUUCCGAGGAAAUUUGGCCGGGCUUAUGAUCCGCUCUGGAAAGCUGGAGAAUAAGAAGGUGAUCGACUGUCUGUACACCUGCAAAGAAGGCCUGGAUGUUCAGCUUCCAGAGGAGGUGGCUUCUGCUGUGAAGGUGGAGUUUAACCCCAAUCAGUCUUCUCUGACUCUGGAGGGAGAUGAUAUUGAGAGCUUUGAGAAGGUCAUGCAGCACAUCUCUUAUCUGAACUCCCGACAGUUCCCCACACCAGGAAUACGCCACCUUCGCGUUACCACCACUGUCAAGUGCUUCAAUGAAGAGACCUGCAUCUCCGUGCCUGAUGCUGAAGGCUACGUGAUGGUCCUCCAGCCCGAGGAACCGAAGAUCAGCCUGAGCGGCAUCGACCACUUCGCUCGCGGAGCUGCAGAUUUUGAGAGCGCUGAGGGUGUGACACUCUUCCCUGAGCUUCGCAUUGUCAGCACCAUUACCCGAGAGGUGGAGGCUGAGGCCGAGGGAGAGGAUGACCCCACAGUGCAAGAGACUGUGGUUUCUGAGGAGAUCAUGCACAACCUGGAUAUGUGUGAAGUGACCGUGGUGGGAGAUGACCUAGAUGGAGAUCACGAGAGUCUGGAAGUGGACCUGGCUCAGGUCCAGCAGAGAGGCCUGGAGAUCAGCUCCUCUAACGUGGGCAUGGUCAUCACUGGUGUGAACACCAUGGCUAACUAUGAGCAGGUGCUGCACCUGAUCCGCUACAGGAACUGGCACACAGAGGCUCUGUUUGACAGGAAAUUUAAACUGGUCUGCUCUGAACUCAACGGCCGCUAUGUCAGCAAUGACUUCAAGGUCGAGGUCAACGUGAUCCACACGGCUAACCCGAUGGAGCAUGCUAACAAUGCCAUGUGGCAGCCUCAGUUCAUCAACCAAGUCAAGCACGCCUCAGUGGACCUGUCUGGACACAACCUGGCCAACACACAUCAGGCCUCAGUCGUCCCCAGUGCCGCCACCAUUGUCAUCGUGGUGUGCGUGAGCUUCCUGGUGUUCAUGAUUAUUCUGGGAGUGUUCCGGAUCCGUGCUGCUCACCAGCGCACCAUGCGAGACCAGGAGAACGGCAAAGAGAACGAGAUGGACUGGGACGAUUCCGCACUGACCAUCACUGUCAAUCCUAUGGAGACGUACGAGGACCAGCACAGCAGUGAGGAGGAGGAGGAAGAGGAGGAGGAGAGCGAGGACGGGGAAGAGGAAGACGAUAUCACCAGCGCCGAGUCCGAGAGCAGCGAGGACGAGGAGGGAGCCGAGCAGGAGGACCAGCAGGGGGCCAACCGACAGCAGCAGCUGGAGUGGGACGACUCCACUCUUACCUACUGAGAGAAAUAAAAUUAAAAAAUCCCCCAACACAAAUAUUCACCAACAUACACAACACCCACUCACACACACACACUAAACAAACUUCACACACUGCUCCGAUCACACACACACUCACUCGCUCACUCGCUCUCUCACUCACUCUCUCUCACAUACGUCACAUCACCAGUAGGGAAUCCCACUUCCCCUGAUUCCCUUCCUCUGGAGCCAUGAGUUAAUACACCAACACACACAAACAAACCCUUGAAGCUAAAUGCAUAUAUAUGAAUAUAAAUACAUAUAUAUAUCUGGUGUCUGUGACAGAUGUUGCAAAGUCAGCUUAAUUUCUACUGGCCAAGGCUUCCCUGGUGUCAGCUUAGUGGUGGUAUUCUUCAGUGUAGUAUAGUCACAUAAUAGCUGAAUGCAUUUUUACACUUUAAUCCUUUGUUUUUCGUUAAAAAAAUUUUAAAUCCAAGGGAAACUUGGCCUAGAUUUGAUUUUAUUCUUUUUUUUAAAGGUACGUAAGGAAACAACCUUGCACUUGUUUUAUUUUUUUUCUUUAUUUUUUUUUUACAUGUUAAUCUUUCAACUUGAGAAUGAUUUUGUGUAUAAUAGAGAUGAAUUUGGAAUUUGUUUGCUACAGAACUUUUAAAAGAGAAGCUUCGCCUCUUUGCCCUUUCCCUGCUUGUGAGGAGAUGCCGCUUCUUGCUCAUGGUCGACUCGUUAUGUUUUUUUGUUUUAUUUAAUUUUAGAGUUUUUUUUUUUUUUCCACCUUCUCCUCUCUUUAUAUUGCAUGGGAAACAUUUGCGAAAGUCAUGCUUAUAGAAGAAGAAAAAAACUUGCUUUUUGAUAUUUUGUAAAUAAGAUGAAACCAUGUAAUUAUUAAUUAGUCAGUCAAUGUGUAUCAGUGAGAAGCCUAACCAAUGGUGUCCAGUAUCUAAAGCGACGCAGUACCUGCUGUAGAAUAUUUGUUAUUUUCUGUGUCACGGAGGCAAUAGCAUGCUUCAAAACGAAAAGAGAAAAAAAGCUAAAAAAAGCGAAUUCGGCAAAGCUCUUCCGUCAUGCUUCUGCGAGACGUCUGCUUCACGAAGAGAAACCCAUGACAGUGGCUGAGGUUUCUGUGGCGUUAUUGUUGUUGUUGUUCAUUUCGUUUAGUCUCGUCUCUUGGAGUUUUUUUUUCUGUUUUUGGUUUUAUUUUUUUGUUCUGUAUUUGCGUUAUUCCGUUAUUUAAUCUAGUCGAGUGGUGGGUGUGGAAUUCGGUUCGGUGUGGCUUACACGUCUUUGGCUAUACAUUUGCUAAAUCUAGCUGUGCUCUUUGACGGUACAAACUCUACACUACAACUAACUAACGACUAUGACUUCGAUGUUUUACAUUUUUUUUUCCGUAAAAAAAUAGAAAAGUUCAGCUGCUGGACUUCUGAGGUUUCUAAUAUUUUGGAGACAGAACUGUCACGUAAAUCAGGUGACGACUCUGUUUUUGCUUUAGGAGAGGAGGUACUGUAUAGGUCGAACAGUUUGGGCACAAUGCAGGUGCGUAUUUAAGCCAUCUCGGAAGUGAUAGCGUGAUUGUGAUUUUAUAUUAUUUUAUUUUAUUAUUAUUUUUCCCCCUCGUGAUGCUGGCGUAGUUUCUGGCGUAAUCACACAUAUCUGGCAUAACUUGGACAAAAAAAAAAAAAAUGAAGCCCAGCGAUGAUGGCGUGAGCUUUAUGGAAUCUGUAGGGUGACGUGGUCUGUCUUUACUGUAGUACGAAUAAAGGAGAUUUAAUGGGAGUAUUUAUUCUUUGGUGUCUAAUUAAACAUGUUUUAUAGUAACGUACACAAGAUUCAAGAUUAACUCAGUUAAGAACUGCGGUCCUUCACCAAGUUUAAAGGUGUUUGUUGACGUGACAGGUACGCCACAGCAGAACUGAUAUUAUUAUUUUCCUUUCUUUCUUUUUCUUUCCAUUUUUUUUUUUUACAGCGGUACACCUCUUGGGUUCUGGUGUGCGCUGAACCGUACUGUAGAGAUGUUUGUUUUAACGAUUUCUGUUUACAUAUGAUGAUGAUAAUUAUAGUCAUGAUGAUGAUGUAAUGGUUUUUAGAGAUUCUCCACAUAGGUUCUCUUAAAGCUUUUUUCUGGGCACUUCAUUCUUCUGCUUUAACUGGACUGUAGAAGUCAUGCCCCUGGAAUUAAGGCCAGUUAGCGGAGUCAGAUUUAGAAUUAAAUAAAAGAAUGUCAGAUAUUUAGAGGAAUGUUAGCUGCAGGAGCGAGACUGAUUAGUGGAGCUGGGUGAAGCAUAGCGGUACCUGGUACUCCUUCCUGUGUGGGGCGUUAAAAGCUUUCUUAGAUUGCUGGGUUUUAUUUUUUUUAUUAUUAUUAUUAUUAUUUUCUUAUUUUGUCACAGAGAGACAUGUGUCUAGUAUGAAAAGGUCUGUUUUUGUGACCUGAUGUAAAGGUGGGUUGUUUAGAGUGCUAACUGUAGACGACUGAUUUUACCAUUUUGAAUAACUUUAACUCUUAUCGUUCGUUCCGUUUGUUUAUUUGUUUGUUUUGUCUUUUUUUUUGGCGCAUUCCGGUGAACAGUUCCCCUUCAACUUAAAAAAAAUAAAAUAAAUAAAAAUAAAAGCCAAAAAAAAAAAAAAAGAAGCAAAAAAUGAAACAAAAACCAAGCUCGAGCCUGAGCUCUGAGGUCCAGAUUUAAGCUGGUUGGGAGUUGGGAGUGCCUUUUGCCUAUCACUGCGCAUUAUUAACAUUAAAAACUAACGAGAAACACACUCAUCCACGCCAUUCUAGCUGUGGCCAUUCUCCUCUUCUUCUUCUUUUGUAAUUAUUUAAUAUUUAGACUCGGUCCAGCCGUAGGCGAGGAGGUGAUUUUAUGUUGUAAUAGAAGUUCAAACAGACAGCUAGUGGUUGUUUUUUGAUCGUCCUACAUAGUUGUCUUGUGUUCAUGUCGAUGUGUAGAACAAAGUAGGUCCAUAUUGUAUCAUCAAUGAUAUUGUACUAAAAUCAUGUUGGAGGAAAUCCACUUCUACAGAGAUGUAUAUUAUUGAGAUAAUUCACUAGGCAGCGUACAUGGGUCUGAAUUUUAACAAUCUGUGUAUAGUGAAAGCCCGUUUUUGAAGUGUAUUACAUGACUUCCUGACCAAGACGUUACGAGGGCAGCAUGAGAUUCACAAGAACCAAUGAGAAAAAAGCAGUGAAAUCCCCCCCGUUUUCCCCUUCCACACACAGACAUUGUUUGCACAAAUUACGAUUAAUGUAUAAUGAGCUCACUGAAUGUUUUCUGUUCCCUACCUUUCAACUGCUUCAACUGUGCAACACUUGGGAACCAUGUUUAGUUGUUUAAAAAAUGAAUUGAAACUUAAGCCAAUAAAUAAAUAAAACCAUUCCUCUAGACCUCUAGAUUUCACAGAACUGAUGGACACUGAUCCAUCAAUGUUUCCUUCCAGCACAAAGUAAAACCUGACUCUCACAGAACAGCUGGGUGUGUGUGUGUUUGUGUAUGUGGUUUGUGAGCAGGUUCUUCAGGGCCCGUUUUAUUUCCCUCUGAGUAACCAAGUAUCCAAGUAAUCCACCUGAACGUUCUGCUGUAGCAGCCAUGCCCAGCCCACGUGAUCACAGACCUGAGCUCAGACCUAAAUGUGUGAAUUAUUAGGUGGGGAUGUUGUGUAAAAAUGAGCCAUUGACUUACUGCAUGAGUUACUGUAAAAGAAAACUCCAUUUCUUGUGUUUUACACACUUGGGACGGUGGUCUGGAGGGAGACUAUAUACUACUGAAUCAAAGAUUUCGUCUUGUUUCACAGGUUUCAUUGUCUACCUUUUUAAAAUUCCUUUUAUUAUUUUUGCUCUUAAAGUGGAAGGCGGGGAGAGUUCUAGAAAAUGUUGGAUGCUGCCCUCGCGCUCAUUCACUUUUCUACCUUUCAAAAGGCAAAAUUGUGGUGAAGUUGAUGCUUGCUCAUGAACAAAAUAAAGGAUGAGAUGGAAUUCAA